UAGGUGUAAACAAAUGAGUCCACAAGUUUAGUCCAGUUUGGGCUGGUUUAGCUGAGGUUUUAAGUCAAGAGGUUUGUCAGAUACCUGGCAAGGUGCAAAAGUUUGAGGAUGGUGUAAAAAAACAUACCUGCUUGCAACUUCUUGCCUUUCACACGUACAUUAACCUUGUGUUGUGUUGUGUUUAUGAACCAGUGUGGAUAUCAUACCUGCUAACAGUGCCCUGAUGAGUGAAAUGCAUUUAUCAAACAACUGAGGCAUGUUUACCAAGGAAGUGGACAGAGAAAAAACAAAACAAAACAGAACUCCACUGAUCAUGGGUCUGUCCCCUGUUAGCUGUCCGGGCAUUUGAUUGAGCUAACACCAUGAAACAUGUGCUGUUAGUCUUGGUUGCAUUAUCCCACUUUACAUUUUAUUUUUGGUGUCAGUAGCUGUAAUAACAUCACGUCACCAAAGGAUUGAGAGUUCGGAAAGAUCUAUAGGUGCAAGUGUUUGUCUGCUCUGCAGAGGAAAGUUUGUGUUCUAGGGGACUAAGUGAGAUUGAGUGACAGACAAGUGGCACAUGUAGCAAGUCGUGAUCACCCUUCUCCGGUAUGGUACAGGGUCACUGUGCUUCAGGCAAGAAAGAAAAUGGCAAUACUUUCCUUUCCAGCCUCCAGUUUUUGGGAAAGUGCAACUCUAUCUUUACCAUCUAACUCAGAUAAAUGUAGGUCACGGCGUGAUAUCAAAAUAGACUGUGAUGUACUAUUUUCUAACAAACGUUGUGUGGCCUGGUUCCACGAAUAUACAGGCCCUGAUGAAGAUGUCAUUCAACCAGAGGGAAUGGAAAAAUUUUGUGAAGAUAUUGGAGUAGAGCCAGAAAAUAUUGUCAUGUUAGCAUUAGCAUGGAAGUUAGAUGCCAAGAGAAUGGGAUUCUUUACAUUGUCAGAAUGGUUGAAAGGAAUGUCAGAACUACAGUGUGACAGUGUUAGCAAGCUCCAGAACAAAUUGGAUUAUUUAAAGUCAUUUUUGGAUGAUGCUGUCCAUUUCAAAACAAUUUACAGAUAUGCCUUUGACUUUGCCAGGGACAAGGACCAAAGAAGUAUGGAUAUAGAUACUGCCAAAGCCAUGUUGACCUUACUACUAGGGAAAAAUUGGCCUCUCUUCUCCCACUUCCAUCAAUUUUUGGAGCACUGUAAGUACAAGGUGAUAAACAAGGAUCAGUGGUGUAAUAUACUGGAGUUCAGCAGGACCAUAAUGUCAGACCUCACAAAUUAUGACGAAGAUGGUGCAUGGCCGGUUUUAUUGGAUGAGUUUGUAGACUGGUACAGAGAGCAGAAGAAAACACAGAGUUGAUAAGGGUCACACCAAAAGCCACGCAGUAUUUCUUUGGUGAAGGAAAUCCCUAAAUUUACAACCAGCUAGUGCAGUUGGGUGUUGGCUGUGUUUGUUCACCCAUUGCUGUAUAUAUAUAUUGAGAGUGUAAGGAGAUAUCUGUAAAAAGUCUUGUGAAAAGUGCUGAUUGUUUUUACUUGUCACAUGAUUAUUUGAUGACAGGAACAUGUGUAGAGGUGUGGCACAAUUGGUAUAUACAUUGUACAUAAGUAGACUUUACACAAGGACACGGUGUGCCUCCUAGCAUUUACAGUGUGAAACUUGGCUGAUUGGCGUAUGGGAAUUGUCCUAGCUUCACCUGUUGUAUGCCUGUGUCGUCAGUGAUAGAGCCAUUGUUGUACCUUCACCUCCGGCCCUGUUUACCUGGUUCCUGCACACAUAUAUGCACACACCCACAUUUGUGGACUAUCACAUGGAUCUCUUUACCAAUCUUUCUGGUGUAUUUGGUUGAUAGGGAUUUUUGGUGCUUUCUUUAUAGUUGUAGAUCACAAUUUAUCAAGUGUAUUUUGGUCCGAAAUCAUAGAUCAGAAUUCUUUGAACUACAUGUAAGUAAUGUGUGAGAUGCGUAAAUGGUAUGAGAAUGAGGUUUUAUGAGUUGGGGAAAACCAAUGUAAGGAAGACUUUCUGUGCAUAUAUUCUGUACCAUGUGACAUCUAUGAUGUAGAUUGCAAGGUCUUUUUUUAUAUUUGGCUAUUAUUGAAUGUUGUCCUUAAGCUUGUCAGAAUGAUUGUUCUUAAUAUCUCGUUUGUGAUAAAUAUUUAGCACAGUACAUUUGGAAUACCAUUUCAAGAACCCAAAUAAUGCAACCAUUUUUUUUUCUCUGUUAACUUUUGUAUGGAGAUUUGGAAAUUUGACAUUUUGGAAUUAUUGCCAUUUUGAGGAAAGAUCUCCAUAUUUGUACAAAAAAUGUUGCAGUUGUAAAAAAGAAAGCUUGUGCAAUGUACCCAGUCAUCUGUAGUGUAAGAUACAAGACAAAAACUUUUCUUGCAGGUCACACCUUUGGCGUGUAAUCAGAACAGAUUUACUUCAAAAUGGUAAAUAAUCAAGUUGAUCACUUGUAUUUAUUUCACAGUGAACAUCAACAUGUGGCUUCUUUGUCACCGUUCAGGCUUUUAUGCGUUUUGUAAGGCUUUGCUAUCAGUGGUAUAUGCAUGUUCUAGGAUGUUUUGAUUUUGUCUUUAGUAUUGCAGUUUUCUAAUUGAAAUUUUGUCCCAACAUAUGUUAGUGGCUUCAUAACAUUGCUUUAUGGGACCAUAGGGCUGAUCUAUAAAACAAUCUCUACAGUCUGGGGUGAAUGAAUGAUUAUGACUUAAACUCGGAUGUGAACAACCGACAUUUUUCAGUAGUGGAACCCUUCUUCUGCAUAGGGAAAGUAUAUGUUGUUAGAAACUCUUCCAUUACUCGGCAUGGAGGAACAGAUUCUUGAUUUCAUCCACCUCAAUACCUAAUGCUCACAAUGAAUAAAUAAGAAAUACACUGUACAGAAAUCAUAACAUAUUCCACACUUUUGUAAGCUACAUGUAUGCUAUAAAUACAUGUCUUGUUCAUGAUAAAUGUAUUUGCUUUUGGCAUCCCCCAUGUAUAAUUUCCGGGUGAUUAGUAUCUUCUCUGUGCUGGGUGUCCAUGUUGCCUUGAGCCUCUUUUUCUGUCUGGUAAACAGAUAUUUUCAGUUUUGUCUGGUAAACAGUCUCCUAUGCUUUUAGUUUUGUCUGAUGAAUAGGCUCUGAUGGUUUCAGUCUUGUCUGAUGAAGUCUCCUGUGCUUUCAAUCUGUCUGACGAACAGUCUCUGUAAUUGAUGAACUGUCUGUUUUCUGCUAUUUCUGGUAUUCUGAUGAUUUCAGAUUGUUUUCAUAAAUUUGUUUGAAGUAGGUCUGGUAUAAUUUUGCAGGGUUGGUAUUUACAUGUGUUAAUCAGGUACCAAUAUAUAAGCUGUAUAUUUAGUUAUCAGGUAUUCUCUUCAUUGUUUCUAUAUCUUUAUUGGUUUCUAUGCCAGUUACAUUGUAUUAGUGUUGAUUAAUUUGAGAAAGGAUGUCAUGCAUCUGAAAGCAUUUUGUAUAGGGGGCCUUUUGUGGUGGCAGUGAGGUAAAGCAAGCACUGCCAAGCAUAGAGAGCGGUGCAUGCGCUGUGAUGCCUAUGUCUCUUUUAAGGGAUAUCUUGAAUUCUUGGGCGAAACUAGGGGCUCCCAGUAGAUGUUUUGAUGUCCUGGACUUUAUUCAGAAGCUGUUAAUUGAAGUGGUACAUAUAAUCAUGCCACUGGCCUGAUUUUUGCCACAGUGACACAUGCUGUUCAUGCAGGCAUUACCUCAAAUGGAUGUUCCACUAUGGCUUUGUAUUGUUCUUGCCGGAUUUCCUGUCCUAACUUUUAUAGUAGGAUCACCAUAUUCAGGUUAUAUUCCUAUACAUAUAUGUACAUGUAUUCCCUGUUUUAAUACCGUGUUCCAUUUUGCAUAGUCAGGAUGAUUCAAACAUGUUCCCAUGCCAAUACACUUCACUUAUGGAUUCCAAGGCUUUGUCACUCUAAAGUGACAUAUUCUUCAUCACUCUUAAACUUACAUGUUUUUGCCAGAACAAGCUCCUAGUUCUGAAAUCUACAGUUGGAUAGUUCAAAUGAAGUUUGUUAUUCCUUCAGAGAGCCAUUGAUGUGCUUCCCAUUAGGCCCUAGUAAUCCUCAUUUUGUAUAAUAUUUUCUGAUUUGUUCAGCAUGCUGUAGAACUUUUUCAGAC